AUGGCUCUUGCACACUCGCUAGAUCCUCGUGUCCAAGAGCAUCUACAGCUAGAGGCCUUCGAGGGCAAGUUCGACGUGAAGGACUUUGUAGGCACUAUUUCAGAGAAGCUCAUUGCGCAAUCCAAGGCCGACCCGGGGCCAUUCGAUCCGAAACCAUUCAUCCGUACAUUCGAAGCUGCAGUCGACAAGCUGAUCGCAGUGCGCAAGGAUGUACAGGAGAAAUCAGAGAAGAUGGAGAAGAUUGUCCGGACCACUGAGCGGGAAUACACCAAGAAGAUGGCCGAGCUCAAUAGGGGAUUCGAAUCAGUUGGACAAUCUUUCUCCGGUAUGGAGACGAAGAUGACGGAAGUCGGACGCACGGCGAUUCGAAUUGGUGAACAAUUGGAAUCGGUCCAUCAACAACGUCAGCGAGCACAGGCAGCAUAUGACCUCAUUGACUUCUAUAAUCAAUUCGCACGAGACGAUACCACCCGUCUUGAAGCACUCAAGAAAGAAGGCAAAGAGGGCAGGCGCAAGGUCGCAAUCCUCCUGAGGCGACUAAAUAUCGUCGCAAAGGAGGUCGACCUACCACACGCCGACAAGACGAGAGAGAACAUCGACAGAUAUUGUGAGAAGUUCGAGAAGGACAUGCUCCAUCUAUUCGACAGAGCGUAUCGCAAAGGCGACCCAAAGUCGAUGCAUCAUUGUGCACAAACGCUGCUUGACUUUAACGGAGGUGCUUCAUGCGUCCAGGUCUAUGUAAAUCAACAUGACUUCUUCAUCAACCGUGUUCGAGAGACUGGCCAGAUGGAAGAACAAUUAUGGUACACCCUUCCCAACCCCGACGUCCCUCCACCAAAUACCGAGUCUGGUCUGCACGAACUCUUCCAAGAGAUCCGCGCGACUGUUGGACAGGAAGCGCAAAUUGUGCAGGCAGUCUUUCCCAAUCCGCCCUUUGUUAUGCAAGUCUUCCUACAGCGCAUUUUCGCUCAGCCUAUCCAGCAAUACAUGGAGCAGCUCGUGAACCGAGCUGCCACACAAUCCGAUCUCGCCUUCCUGCGUAUGCUCCAGCUAGUCCAUCAGCAAACAUCGUUACUUGUAGAGGAUCUGAAGGCAUACGAGGUGUCAUCCGUAAUCCCGCGGUCGCCGUCCGACAUGAGCGACUUCAACUUGACCUUGAACUCAGCAUCAACAUCAGCUGUCUCGACUACGGCGGCCACAGUGAGCACUAUGCUCGAGACCGCUAUGGAGGAGCUUUUCGUGCCAUAUACAGAGGGCCAAAGGUACCUCGACCGGGAGAGCAAGAGCCUCAGCGAGCUGUAUGCACGCUACCUGUCCCUCUAUACACGCUUCCAUGAACGCAUCAAUAAAGGGGGGAAAUCGUCAAUGUUUGAUCGUGUGGUCAACCAGCUGAGCGCCACUGCGGCGACGACGUCCCAGUCAGGCACAUCCACGACUUCUGCGCAAGCGGCAGCGGCGCUUAUGCGGUUUGGUGGUUUCGGAUCGGGCGGGGACCGCAAUCAAAACAAGGUCGAGGAAGAACCUCUGCGCGAGGAAGACGGUCAGGUCAGCGUGCAGGUCGCCGAGAAGAUGCUGAAGUGGCAUGCGGAGGCUAUCGGUCGAUGUGUGGAGAUGAGUCCCGCUACCGAUGUUCCCAAGCACUCCUUUGCUUUGCUCAGGGUUCUCGCUGCUGCAAUCGGGAGCGCGUAUGUGGAGACUGCGUUGGAGACUGCUAAUGCGCGUCUGGAAGCUGCGGACACCAGGUCCGAACCAUCCCUGCAAGCACUCACAAUACUACACGAAGUCGACCUCAUCUGUCAUCUAUGGCAACAUUAUGUGAACAUGGCGCUCCUGCCCUUAGCUAGCAGCUCUGUAACCGUGCGUCGAGAAAUGGUCGUGUUCAACAACCAGUCUGUUAGCCGUAUCGAGGGUGCUGCCAACCACUUCAUGCAGCGGAUGGCAGAUGUGAUUCUCAAUUGGCUCUCUACGCAACUAGCGAAGCAGAAAAAGAACGAUUUCAAGCCGCGUAAUGACGAUCUCUCGUUCGCCCGGGUAAACACAGAGCCGUGCAUGGCCUGUUGCGAGAUGCUCGAAAAAGUCCGGGAUGCCGCGAAGGCCAAUCUGAGCGGGAAGAACCUGGAGGUUUUCCUGUCCGAGAUUGGCGUCGCUUUCCACAGCCUUCUUCUUGACCACCUUAAGAAAUUCCCCGUCAGUGCGACUGGAGGUCUGAUGCUCGCAAAAGACAUCAAGUCCUACCAAGAUACGAUCGGCACGUUCUCGAUACCCUCCCUCCAUGAACGAUUUGAGUUCAUCCGCCAACUCGGCAACGUAUUCCUCGUCAGGCCUGACAUUCUGCGGUCGUACAUUACCGAGGGGUACCUGGGACGCAUCGAGUCCUCGCUUCUCAGGCCAUAUCUAGCGCAAAGGAGCGACUGGGGCCAGGCGGAGAAGGGCUUCAACGACAGCUCGGAGGACGGCAUGACGGAGGGUAAAGGCCUGAAGGACCGCCUCGGUAUGGGCCGCUUGAGUAUGAUCAUGAAGGACCUCGAACCGCUGCGGGAUAUGAGCCUUCGGGACAUGAGCCUUCCUGCUCUGCCCAGCUCCUUGGCGAACAACUUUUCCAUGAGUGCGCGCUUCGGCGGCUGAUUUGGAGCGUUUAUCCCAUGCCAUGCCUCACCUGCUAUCUUAUUUUGCGGAUGUUGUACACUAUGAGACUGACUUUAUGCACUUGGUUUUUAUUUAA